AUGGCCGAGCUCUCCCGCUGGCAAUGGGAUGAUGCAGGUACGUGGAGAGACUUCGCAGAGCAAUACCAGGCGCAGAUGGAAGCAGCAUUCCAGCGCCGUGAGCGCAGUGUGGAACUUUCCAUCCCCCCAUUCGGCACGUUUCGCAUGGAACUUCAGAAGAUGGCACAGAUCACGGUGCGUGGCAGAAACCCGGGCUACGAGCGAGAAAUUCGACGUCAGGUUCGGAAAAUCGAACUUGGCUACUUUCUCCUCGGCUACGAAGGUGAGAUCUGCUCGUCGGACUCUUUAGUGGACCGUAUGGAGGACGUAGAUGUCGUGGACAAUCUGGCGAAGGUGCUGCGCAGAAUAUGCGACGAGCCGGAGGAGUUUUCCUUUCGCAGCUUGAACUUAGUCGACGACGAGUUCAGGGACAACCUUGGAGCAAACGAGGAGGCGCAGCAGUUCCUGGAAGAGCUAGGAUUCGAGCUGAUCGAGGAAGGUCCUCAGUCGUUUAUGGUUUUCAUGCAAGAGCAGGUGGAAGGCUUGCGAGGAGCCUUGAAAGAUGUAGAGGCCCGGUUGAAGAAACUCGGUGUCAACCCUGCGGUAGAGAGCAACGCCUGCGUCGCUGCUGACAGCAACCUCGUCGAGUCCAAUGACGUCGUUGAGUGCAACAACGUCGAGUCGAAUGACGUUAGCUCUAAAGCCGAGCUGGGCUCCGGGAAUGUCCCAAAGGACUCAGAGAGAAGCCAGCUGCAGGAGGCAAGCCCAGCCGCUCACCCUGAGAGCCAGGGCGAAUCGCCAGCGAGCUGUGAAGUCACAGCAAUUCUCCCUUCUGGCGAUCGGCAUUGCCUCAAAUUGCCCGGCAACGCGACACUGGAAGACCUCCUGAGAGAACUCAAGGUAGCUCUCCCGAGUAUGCGCUUGCCCUGCCUGAAGCGUCAGGCGCAGCAGGAGCAGUGGCCACGACUGGAGGCCAGCCUAUCAGGAACGAAGGCGAAGAAGCGAAAGGGCUCAGCAAAGGGGAAGGGAAAAAGCAAGACAGGGAGAGGUAAGCCUUCCAAUGAGCCAGGUUCUGUUGAGGCAGCAGAGGCGAGCUCAACGCCAGAGAGUGCCGAUCCAGUGAUGCAUCAAGUACCGAUCCUGGAAAUGAGUCUGGCCUCAGAGCCUGGGGUCGCUUUGUGGAGGGCUUGCCCUCGCUUCGUCACGGCGCGUGAUGCCGCGGGCAAGCAGCUGGUUGUGGCCGAUCCGGAACCGACGGACGCGACACCGGCAACGCCUUCAGAAGUGAAGGCCUUCCCUCCGGACUCCUCAGCAAAGCCUGCGGCAGCCGAACCGGUUGUGGUGGAGGACUUCGAAGAAGCCUUCACCAAGCGCCUGCAAACAGGUCUUCUUCGCCUCCGGGAUCUCGCGUCUGUGGCACCUUUGUUGGACUGGGAAAAGCCAGAGCUGCCAAAGAUGUUGACCGGGCGUGUGAAGUCGCUCUUAGAAGGAUCUUGCGAAGCUUGGUGCAAAGCCGCCGGAAGCAUCUGUUCAGAGGAGCUACAGUGUGCCCGAGCUCUGCUUCGCCGUGUCUACGGAAGCCUGCCCAUGGACGAGAGGUUACGGAUAUGCCGGGAGCUACUUCCUCCAGAAAAGCGUGACCGCAAGGCCCAUCUCCAAGUGGACCGCGGGCAGGAUUUCCUGAAGAAUACCUUCACGGGACUUAUGAAGCUGACCGUGGAGGAACUUCGGAAUCCGUUGAGCAUCCGAUUCGCUGGAGAGGCGUGGAAGAGGUAG